CUCUCCUGACGCGUUGAGGAUGUGGGCAGGAAACGACAUGCAAGAGAGGAGCGAUCACGCUCCGCAGCUCAGUUGCACAACACGGCGGCCUCAAAAUGCGCUUUAACGUCGAACUCUGAUGUCCAGCCGCGGCCUUCCUGCUCGGUUCUGCAGGCCCGGAGCGCGUGAUUCCCACCUCGGGGCUGGUCAGCGGGAGAGAAGCGGCACCGUCGCGGAAAAGGGAGGCGUCUGCGAUCGUGUUCUUUAAACCCCCCCAACAGCCAUGAGGGAGUACAAAGUGGUUGUUUUGGGUUCGGGUGGAGUCGGCAAAUCCGCGCUGACGGUCCAGUUCGUCACCGGCUCCUUCAUCGAGAAGUACGACCCCACCAUCGAGGAUUUCUACCGGAAGGAGAUCGAAGUGGACUCGUCUCCGUCGGUGCUGGAGAUCCUGGACACCGCAGGCACCGAGCAGUUCGCCUCCAUGCGCGACCUGUACAUCAAGAACGGCCAGGGCUUCAUCCUGGUCUACAGCCUGGUCAACCAGCAGAGCUUCCAGGACAUCAAGCCCAUGAGGGACCAGAUCAUCAGGGUGAAGCGGUACGAGAGGGUCCCCAUGAUCCUGGUGGGCAACAAGGUGGACCUGGAGGGGGAGAGGGAGGUGACCUCUGGUGAGGGCAAGGCUCUGGCCCAGGACUGGAGCUGCCCCUUCAUGGAGACCUCGGCCAAAAACAAGGGUUCGGUGGACGAACUGUUUGCAGAGAUCGUGAGGCAGAUGAACUACACCAGUGUUCCAAGCGGAGGAGACCAGUGCUGCUCCUGCGUGCUGCUCUGAAACACACAGCCGCUCCUGCUCUGCAAAAGUGUUUACAUGACAAACUACUUGAAUGUUUGGGGACUUUUUUUUUUUUAAAGCAAAAAAAAAAAUAGCUUUGUAUCUGACACUUCUCUGGAAACGUGCCUCAGCGGGAAUGUGUUAUUGUGAAAGCCUAAGAGACACACAGCUUUUCUAAUGUGAUUUCAUUGUGGUUUUUAUUGGAGAGGAGGGCGUCAGGAGUGGGAUCCACUCCAGCCUUCGCUACUGUAUUUGAAGUCGUGGACUGUGCUUGUGUUGCUUUUAUGUUCCCUCCCCUCCUCAGUGUGCUGACAUAUGAUGGUCCCUCCUCAGUGCACAGACUAGGACCUUGGUGCGUUUUUGCACGGGGGUUGGGGUGCAUGGCCACGCCCCCUCCCGUGUCAAGUGCCUUCCUUACUCAACUCCUGUGACCGUGCCAACACUUGAGCCCUUCUCUCUCUGCAGUGCGUCUCGAUGGCAAUCAGAACUUUUCGCUCUUUUACCUUCUUGUUCUACUUCUGGUUUCACUGGCCGCUUCUAAUCUGGAUUGGACUCAAGUGGUACUACGACAACUGCAGUUUUGCUGAGUGAUGAGCAGGUUUUCUUAAACACUUUUGACACAUUGUAAUUCUCCCUUUGGACUAAUAUUGUGCCAUUCACCUGUUGGAAGACUUGGAAUACAAAUCACAUUUUAUGUAAACUUGUGUUGUCGGUCAUUAAUUCACAUCAUUACGGGAUGACAUUAUGACCACCUGUCUGAUAUUCUGAAGUUCAGAUUUGAGGUUUUUCAAUCCUUGUUCAGGUGGCGCAGUAUUUUGGUAGCAGUGC